UCUGUCAUGGAUCAUCAUCAAUAUGUUUAGUCGCAUCCGCGUCAGAAGCAUAUAUAUAUAGGUAUACGGCUGUCUCAUGAAGCAGCAUCACCAGUCGCCCCCGGCUGACAAUGUGGCUCUCGCUCUUCCUCAUCGCCCUCUGUGCCCCCCUGCCCCGGGCAAGUCCUCGUGGGAGGUGGCAGGUGUACGUGGACGGACAGAGAGUCUUACAAGGACCAAUGAUCAAUGGAACUUUUCAAGCAUGCUUUCUCCAUUCGGAUAACUCCUCAUACCAGCAGCUAGAUGGCGUCAUUCGUCUGACCCCUCGUCAGUUGGACAGAAACGAGGCCAUCUGUCACCCUGGACAGGACCUGAUCGCUUACUUUCAUCACCUGACAAGGAAGAGGACAAGGCGUUCUUUCCACGUCGUCAUAUGGCCAGGAACAAGAUGGUGUGGUGCAGGAGCCAUAGCGAGAAACUACACAGAUCUCGGAAGAUAUCGUGAGACUGACAGAUGCUGCCGAGACCACGACAACUGCCCCAGUUCAAUCCCAGGGGCAAGAUGGUCCUCAAAACAUGGGCUUCGGAACUACGGUUUGGUGACAAGAAGUGAAUGUUCGUGCGACAGACGGUUCAACGACUGCCUCGGCAAGUCAUCGGAUAAAGCUGCAGACGGUAUAGGGAUAGUUUAUUUCAACCUUUUGAGUAUGAAGUGUUUCGAUGAGCGUCCCACGCCUUGCACCAAGCGUCGGCGUUAUGGCAACCACUAUCCUGAACGCUGCCCAAAGACGUGGUACUUCCACGACAACAUCAGAUACAAACCGCAUCAGCACGAGCCAUCUACUGGGAUUUGGAUCACAAUAUAUAUGUCAAAUUUAUACGAAUAUUUGUAUGAUUAAGAUGUAGUGAGUUAACUGACUUCAAAAGUCCAGUUUCCACCCUUGCCAACCUUGCCUGGUACUGUGGAGUUAUAAUUUGGCUGGACUGACGAGUCUAUGCAUAGUCCGAUCAAA